GGAUAUUCUCUACUUGAAAUUGAAAAAUGUGCAAAUAAUUUAAGGAAUAAUUUUAAUUUUGCAGAUCAAGACAAACGCGGUUCAACGUAAUCAAUUUAUCAAAGAAAUAUUUUAAUGGAUAAUGUUUUCUGGAAAAACACAACCGCCAGAGCAUUUGACAUCAGCAUCGUCGUCUAAUUCAAGCAGCAGUAGAUCUAUGUCAACCAAGGGUAGAUUUGAUCAAACAGCACAGCCAACCAGUCUUGUGCCACAAAAAGGAUUUGCAUACAAGGCGAGCCAGUACCAAUCAUUGCCCGUAGCCUUAACUCAGACCAAGAACACUCAAUAUACAACAUUCUCUACCCCUGUUUCGGGGCUUAAGCAAACUGGUUUAUUGGUUCCACUUAAGCAUAUCAGAAGGGCUGUGGCCGAUAUUUACACCUUUGCAGUGCAGCCUACGGAAGACCCUCAGAAUCAGUUUUGGGAAAAGCAAGUAGCAGAGAGUAAACAGAUUAGUCCAAAGACGCAGAGACGACCUCAAAAUCCUUCAUCGACUGCAAGAAACAAUGCUACAGCCAGGCAAACACCAAAUUCUUCUUCAAGCGCCGUAGUGAGCUCUACAAAGUUUUCAAAAUAUCCCAAUUAUACUACAACGGCUUCGCGACUGGUCAGUUUUAAAGCUUGUCAAAACAUUGCCACUUCUACACGGCUGUUAUCAGAAGCAGGGUUCUUUUUUGCGGGGACUGAGGACUGUACGCGUUGUUUUUAUUGUGGGAUAGGAUUGCGACAUUGGUCAGAGAACGACGACCCUUGGACUGAACAUGCUCGGUUUUCGCUUGAUUGUGAUCACGUGGUUUCAGAGAAAGGGAGGGAAUUCGUGAACCUGGUUAAACUUGCACUUGAACUGACGAACGAGAAAGAAACAGGAGCAGUGCAAACAGCUGACAUCUCUAAAUUAUCUACACCUAACGCUAGGCAAGAUUCAUCUGAUAAAAUUGACAAAUUGAUGAAAACAGAAGCAGCUCAAAGUGUGUUGGAAAACGAUUAUAGUGAAGAAUUGGUUAAAAGGGCGAUUGUAAAAGUCCUGAGAUCCAAAGGAGCAAACGCCAUCACUGGGAUGAAUUUGAUGCAGGAAAUACUGGCAAUAGAAGACGAAAAAGACCUUAUUGAUGGGAAAUCUAUGGAUGAUGUUCCUUCUGCCAUGAAACAAAAUAUGGCGGCAGUACUUUCCCGCGAAAACCAACACCUGCGUGAAAAAACUCUAUGUUCCUAUUGUAAGCGGCUUGAAGUUUCCCUCGUGUUUCUGCCAUGUGGUCACCUCGUGUCCUGUAACACAUGUGGGGACAGGCAGAAGUCAUGCGUCACGUGUGGCUCAAAUGUUAAGGGGACAGUUAGGACAUACAAAGCAUGAAAAGUUCAGCAUUUACCUUUGAUGGCAUAUACAGGCGAUGCAAUGUAGCGCGUUUUCGUAUGUGUAUGAUUCAACGACUUCUUUGAUGUCGGCAUAGUGCUCAUUUAACUUGUGAUUGUAUUUCCCUGUAAAAGUCAGAUGACAUUCAGAUAACAUUUAUAAAUCACAUCCGCAUUGUAUAAUGUUUUUUUUAAACAUUAACUUUGAUUUUAACAGACGUUGCUUUGCAAGUUGUUCAACUGUUUUGAAUCGACAUAACAUGUGGCAAUGUUAAAAUAUGACAGUGUCAAGUGAAAAAUAUGCAGUGUUAUCAAAUGUAUAUUUUGUUUAAAUUUAUUUGUAAAAAACUGGUACGCAUUCAUAAGCUAUUCUUGUUUAACAAAACAGAUGUGGGAGCAAACAGAAGUCAUGUGUCACGUGUGAUUAAGACAUUAAAGGGGCAAUGCAAAGGUUGAAAUGUUCAGCAUUUGAGGGCAUAUUCAGGCGAAGCAAAGAAAGAAUUGAUAGUGCGUUGACAUAUUUGUAUGAUUCAACGAUUUCAAUAUUUGUCGUCAUAGUGCAAAGAACAAAGAGUGAUCAUUCUUCUGUCACAAUCUCACAAUUGGUGAAGAAACAAUUUAGUUUCCUUUGCUUCAUUUGUUAAUCAUCAUCGUUUGAUCCACAUUAUGUAAUGAUUCCAUUUGUUUGAACAUAUCCUUUGAUUUCAGACUGUAUACAUAUUUCGUAUUUCGCACAUGUUACUGUUUGUGUUAAAUUUAAAUAACAUACGGCAUUAUGAAAAUUGGAAAUAUAAUAGUGUUCUUUCAGUUGUAUAUUUUUAAAAAGCUUUUAUAAAACAAAACUAUACCGUAUUCAUGAGCUGUUCCUUUUCCAACAAAAUGAUC